AAUCUGCUAGAGUCACGACGCUUCUGCAAUAUAUACUGAGACAUGGAUUCAUUUGAUGAUGGUGAUGAUGAUGACUUGUUGGCAUCACUGAUCUCCGUGGAGCAAAGUGUAUCGUUACAAAAUAAUAAAGAACAAGACAGUGGCACUGUCACUGUCGCUCCAGAACUCAACAGGCAAGACAAGCAAACAGAAGUUACCGGAGAGGAAAGCAAGUCUACUGGUGCACAUGAUGGGGAGAAGGAAGAGGAGGAGAGAGUUGGUGAUGGUGUCGUUGCUGUACCAGAAUCAUUCCCCUUUCCCUUCACGCCCUAUGAUAUUCAGCAAGACUUCAUGAGAAAUCUCUACACCUGUCUGGAGUUGGGAAAAAUCGGAAUUUUUGAGAGCCCAACUGGCACUGGAAAGUCUCUGAGCUUGAUAUGUGGAGCUCUGAAAUGGUUGCGAGAUUACCAAGAGAAACAACGACUAGAGAUUGAGAGUCUGUCCACUGCUAGAGUCUGUGGCAAAGAAAAUGAAGCUGGUAAAGAUGGACAAGGGGAGCCAGAUUGGAUAGCUGAGUUUGCCAUGAAGAAGGAACAAGAAGAAAAAGUGGCUAAGAUCAGGGCGGAGCAAGAACACAUACAGAAGAGGGAAGCCAAGCUCCGAGAGAUGCAAGGUUCGAUUCCCGUUGGGAAAAAACGAAAGUUGAAGAACCUUCUGGAAGACGAGUUUGAUUCACUGAUGACUGGAGCAUCGUCUGACUUGAAGAGGGCCUGCAGGGAGGAACUGGAGGCUUUGGACAAGGUGGAGGGAGAGGGAGGACAGGACGAGGAGCUGGUGCUGGAGGACUACCACAGCGACCAGGAGGAUGAGAGGAAGGAUGGAGAGAAGCGCUUUGAGGAGGAAGAACAGGAACAUGUUACAAAGAUUUAUUACUGCAGUCGCACACACUCACAGUUGUCUCAGUUUGUGAGAGAGGUCGUGAAAAGCCCUUAUGACGACAUCAGAGUGAUCUCCCUUGGGUCGAGACAGAACAUGUGCAUCAACCCGGUGGUGAGAAAACUCAAGUCCCUGACCCUGAUGAACGACAAGUGCUUGGACUUACAGCAGAAGAAAAGUAAGAAAAAGCCAGGCUGCCCUCAUUACAAGCAGGAACUUCUGCACUCUUUUAAGGACAGAGCGAUGCUGGAGACCCUGGACAUAGAGCAGCUGGUGACGCUGGGGCGACAGACCAAGGCCUGUCCUUACUACGGGGCCCGCUACGCCGUGCCUUUGGCCGAGAUCGUGGCCCUCCCCUACAACACACUGCUGCACAAGUCGACACGCGAGGCGUGCGGCAUCCGUCUGGCCGGCAGUAUUGUCGUCAUCGACGAGGCUCACAACCUGCUGGAGACCAUCAACAACAUCCACAGUGUGGAGAUCACAGCCACUCAGAUCUUCAAAGCCCACUCUCAGCUGAGUCAGUACGAGAAGAAGUUCCGGUCACGUUUGAAGGCCAAAAACUUGCUGUACGUCCGGCAGAUUCUGUUUGUUCUCUCCCACCUCGCUGCUGUGUUAGGAGGUAAAGUAGACUUCACUACAGAUUCUCAAAGGAAUGAAAAGCCAGCUUCAUGGAUUUGUGGAGAAAUACCAAGACUCCGAGGUCAAUGCGGAUGAAGAGCCAAAAUCUGCAGUCUCUGGACUGACCAAGUUCCUGCAGGAUAUCCAGGCUUCUACACAGAAAGAGAGCUCAGCGGUUUCCGAAGCCUGUGGCAAGCCGGACCCGCAGAAGUCGGGCUACAUGAGCUCCCCUCUCAUGCAGAUUGAGAGUUUCCUGGAGGCCCUCACCAACGCUGACCAAGACGGGAGGGUGGUGGUCAAUAAGUUAGCCAAGCUGGGCGCGUCCAGUCUCAAGUUCCUCAUGCUGAACCCGGCCGUGCACUUCGUCAGUGUGCUCAGGGAGGCCCGGUCUGUGGUGGUGGCUGGUGGGACCAUGCAGCCUGUGUCAGAAUUCAAAGAUCAACUUUUCCACGCGGCCGGCAUCUCCCCAGCCCGGGUCAUGGAGUUUGCUUGUGGCCAUGUCGUCCCCGGCAGUCAGUUACUCCCCAUGGCAGUGGCCCGAGGACCCAGCGGUCAGACGCUGGACUUGACCUACCAGAACCGGGACAAGCCGGCCACA